AUGCUUCCCACAGCCGACCCCUUCUCCCACGCGCUCUCCUCCAACGCCUCCUGGGCCUCCUACAAAACGCAUCAGAACCCGGCCUUCUUCCCAACGCUCGCGACCGGGCAGACGCCCACGAUCCUCUGGCUCGGCUGCUCCGAUUCGCGCAUCCCUGAGACCACGGUUCUUGGUCUGCAGCCGGGUGACGUCUUCGUCCACCGCAACAUCGCCAACAUCGUCAGUCCGACUGAUAUCAAUUCCAGCGCAGUCAUCGAGUAUGCGGUCGACCACCUGAAGGUCCAGCAUAUUGUGCUGUGCGGACACACGAGCUGUGGCGGUGCUGGCGCGGCGCUGGGAGAUAGUCGCGUUGGUGGAGUGCUGGAUACAUGGCUCACACCGCUGAAGAAGCUGAGGCGCGAGAACAAGAAUGAACUAGAGGCGAUUACUGAUCAGGGCGCGAGGGCUGCUAGGUUAGCGGAGCUGAAUGUCGCGGCGGGCGUGGAGACGCUGUUGAGCAAUGUUGUUGUUGAAGAUGCGGUGAACAAGCGCGGGUUGCUUGUUCACGGUGUACUGUUUGAUAUUGGGAGUGGAAAACUGAGGGAUCUGGGAGUGGGUAAUUCGAAGGCAUACUUUGUGGAGAGUGAGAGGAUUGUCAGGGGUAACCAUGGGAUGUUGGUCUUUGGAGGCGAGGGCUCUACGUUGGCGACGCGGUGA